CAACAGUGCGACAGCAGCAACAAAUGAAAGUAGCGGUCGAGUAGCGAAAGCGCAAAAUUAUCACAGAAAAGAUAUGAUAAUACAAAUUUGAAAAUGUGAGAAAAUCUUAACGAAAAGACUUUAAUAUAAACUCAUUAAUUUAUUAAAAAAACGAAUCAUUCAACACGCAUCUGACUUUCCCUACAACGCAAAAUGCUGGCGUCACUCCAGCACACCAACAUCCUGGCCACAGCUUGCAUGCUAUUCCCCCUCCUCCUCACCAUUUGGCCACAAGCGAUGCAAUGUCGGCCCACCCACGGUUACACCACCGACGGCACCGAGCUGGUUGUCGUUAAGGAAAUUGUACGCUGCACCCGACAGGGUCUCCACGAACUAUGCCAAAAUGCAACAACAAUAACAAAUGAAAAAGAACAACAACAGCGGUUCGAUAAUGUGGAUAAUGAGUCGGUGAUGGACAUUGUGGAUGAUUUGAUUUUGUUAGAGAAGAAACCAAGGCGUACACAACAACAACGGAAAGAAAAAAAUCCCUACGGUACUUAUGAACAACAAAGUGAGCUGCUAACAUCAGCUGCAGCGCGAGAGGACACAUUAGUUGCUGCCGCCGCUGCAGAGCCAGCCAUUGGCGAUCCAUCCGAUUCCACAGCGCUGGGCAGCUCCUAUCAUCAGGAGCCCUUUGACUCGGACAGCGAUAGUGAUGAUGCGGAUGGGGAUGAUAACAGUGCGGCGAACAUAAAAACUGCAGAUGUUGAUGCUGUCAAUGCAGCGGCCGCUGAUGAAAUAAUUGCUGAUGGCGUCUUGUUUCACGGUGUGCUCUUGCGUCUCGCCGACGGACCGCACAGCGUGCCACAGCCGGUGUCAUCGAUUGACAUGAGCGAUUUUGUGUCAUUAAUACCGGCCGAAGAGGUUAAAUCGAUUGCCGCCAAUUACUAUCACAAUGAUGCGGAAGUGCGUCGCGCCUACGCCUAUUUGAGUGGGCGCGGUUUCGUUGCGUUGCGCCAGCACAUCGUUGCAUCGCCGGAAGUGGGUGCUUUUUUGCAAUAUUUAAAUGUGAGCGGGUUUGAUGUGUUGAAAUUUGUGAACGCGAUUGUGAAUUUGACUAAAAUAGAGGGUAAUAAUGCGCGUGGUGCUGAGCGGAUAGAUGAAGCGGAAAUGGAGCAACAACAACGGGUGGAGGCGAAGAAUACCAAUACGGUGGGGGUGGUGAAUGAAAUCUCGAAAGCCGAGCAAAAUGUGCCACCAUCAAAUGAAGCAGCACCUACUCCGCCAAGCUUAAAUGAAACUAUGUCAAUGGCAACGACGAGAGCGCCCAUAGCAACACCAAAAUUCGAUGAGACAGCAACACAGCAGGAGCAGCAGCUCAACGGUUUGCAUGGCUUAGUCGAUAGUAUCUUAGAAAUAUUGCCACAGGACCAAAUUUUGUCAACAUUCUUUGAUAAACUCGAGACGGAUGAGAAUUUUAGAAAAUUCGUGCACAAUAUACAAAGGCCAGCCUUCGCGCAGAUACUCAGCAAAAUGGAGCAAUCGAUGUCGCUUAGAAAUCUGAUAUUCACCUUACACAACAAUGGCAUCUACAUAACCCGGAUAGUCGAUUCACUCAAGGCUUAUUUCUUUCUCGGCGGCUUCUCAUAAAAACUAUCACUUAGCAGUCAUCCAGUAACCACUCAAGAAUACACAAAAACUACUACUGGGUGAAGCGAAAUUGGAGGCGCGAAAGAACGAGAAGGAGAGAGAGGAGACUGGUCGAGAUAACGAAGACGGACAAGAAGCCGAACUAAAAACAUUUCUUAGCAAAGGAAAGGCAAAUUAUAAGUCAAGCGAAAUCAGCAAAAGGCAAAAAAGCAAGGAUAGAGUAAUAAAAUAUGCAUAUAAGGGAACAAAACAAUGGAAGGAAAGCUUACACAAAUAAUGUAAUAAAAGUUUUUGUUGCUCAUAA